AUGUCGGGGACUUUCAAGACGCAGUUGUAUUUUCUCUUGUUGAGUGUGACAGCUCUCCGGGGGCACAGCAGGUAUUUGGAUGUACAGGAAAACGAGAUCACCGCAGAAGGAUUCUUUUCACUCUUAAACUCGGAACUCAAAAGAGAAUUACCGGAUGAGUAUAUUUACCGUCGACCCCUCAGAUGUUUGGAUAUGGUGGCUGUAGAAGGCCAGUUCACCUUCACUGCAGAUCGUCCACAACUGAACUGUGCUGCCUUUUUCAUCGGACAGCCCAGUGACAUUAUCAGUGUGGAGUACGAUUCCAUCAACAUUGACUGCCGAGCGGGAGACUUCAUUAAAAUGUUUGAUGGUUGGGUGAUGAAGGGGGAAAAAUUCCCCAGUGCGCUGGAUCAUCCUCUUCCUCUUUAUGAGCGCUAUGUGGAUUACUGUGAAACUGGGGCUGCCCAGCGAACUGUGCGGUCUUCUCAGAAUGUAGCUAUGAUCUUCUUCAGGCUCCAUCACCCUGGCAGCAGUUUCACCAUCACCGUCCGCAAACUGCCUAACCCUUUCCCCUGUAAUGUCAUCUCUCAGACCCCAGAGGGCAGUUUCACCAUGGUGAUCCCACAGCAGCACAGGAACUGUAGCUUCUCCAUCAUCUACCCUGUAGAGAUCCGAAUCGGAGAGCUCAGUCUCGGGCACCUCAACGAUAUCAAGAGAUCCCUCCCUGGGUGUGCAGGAGCGGGGGACUUUGUCGAGCUUCUUGGAGGAAACGGCGUGGACACGUCCAAAAUGUUUCCCGUGGCUGAUCUCUGCUACUCUUUCAACGGUCCAGCUCAAAUGAAGAUUGGCUGCGAUAACACUGUCGUGAGGAUGGUAUCAAGUGGAAAGUUUGUGAACCGGGUCACCUUUCAGUACCGGUUACUGGAUAACAAGGAGCUUCAGAAGAUCCGAGGAAACAGUGUGGAGGACUUGUGUAUAAGCACCUGA